ACCAUUCGUUCCUUUUGUGGGAUCGCAACUACAGCCAGUGGUCGAAACAACUACCGGGUUUCGAAUCAUGCAAGGGAAGGUGUGUUUCGUGCUUCUCGUGGCUUUGGUAGGCCAAGAGAUCGUCGCUCAACGCCUGCUUGGAUUAAUGGCCAGUGCUGGACUCAUGAGAGCUCUCCGGAACCGGGAGCAACAACAGAAGGAAUCCCCUUCACCGCUCAAUCAGCACGCUCCCGAACCAGUUCCCGGAGCUUAUCCAGGGUCUCCCCAAGGCUACCGACCUCAAGCGACGCCCCAGGCAGCAUAUGGAUACUCAGGCGGAUUCAGUGGUAGCUCUCCCGUGUCCAGUCUGGACGGAUCAUCUCCCUUCGGUUCGGCUUCCUAUGGCUAUCCGAGCUUCAGCCAGUACGGCUCUGGAGCUUACGGGGGCUAUCCGGGAAGCAACGUAGGUUUCGCUCCCUCGAGCUUCGGUCAGUUUGGCUCCCUCCAGGGCGCUGAGCAACUCGCAGCAGCCAGCCAACAUGCCUACCAGACGGCUCCGUCAACUUACGGCUCAGCCAUCUCCUCUCCGUACGCUUCGAAGUCGUACGGCGGACAGGGUCAGGGCUACCAGUAGAAUCAAGUAUCUACAGCGUAGACUCGUCGUGCCCCGACCGCAUGUCGAGGAAACUCGAAUCGGUUCGUUCUCGGUUUUCCUUACCUCGUUUGCUGCAAAACUUAGUUUGUUCCACGCACCUGUUCUUUGACCGCGCGGACGCGGUAAGCAGUGCCAAAGAUUUGUUCAAGUUUACCAUUUUCCUCAUGUUGUUAGUGUGUUGCUCGAAAAGAUUGAUUGAUCCGUUUGUCGUUCCAUGUGGGGUGAUGAAUUCUUCGUGGGGAAUCUUGAUUCAUCUUUGCUCUAAGUGCAGAGACUGUAGCUACAGAUGUUUCUCCUGUUCUAGGAUAUUCUAAUUUAUAGGGAUGCUCACUGAAAUACUCUCAUCUGCUUCAUCUACUAGCUGCCUUGCUGCCUCUUGUGAUCAUCAUCCAUUCUUUCGUACUUCCACUUCGAAAACAUUGUCGCAUUCUCACUCUGAGCGAUCGGAGCAAAGGGAUCGGAGAAUCAGAGAAAUUAUUCAGCGUGACAAAAUAAUCUAACACUAAUGUAUCGUUAUCGUUUUCGAUCAGUCCAGCCAACUGGGGAGUCGAGCGUCUAUCACCGCUCCUUCUUCUUUAGCUCGGUCGAAAAAAUUCCAGGAACUGCUGUACGGAAAUGAUAUACUCCCAAGUGAAUAAUCUAGUCCAUAGUUACAACUGUUCUUGUUGAUCUUCAAUGUAUGAAUGUAACUCGACAAAAUAAAAACUGCGUUCCAUGAUUGUUUUU